CCCUCUCUGUCCUCUCCUGGUAAUGCCUUACUGCUGGGUCUGAAGAGAGUGAGUGGGUCCCCCUCUCUGUCCUCUCCUGGUAAUGCCUUACUGCUGGGUCUGAAGAGGGUGUCUGUGCGGCUGGUCGACUGCAGGAAAACACCAGGGUUGAGAGGAACUGCUAGAAGAGGAGACGAGGAGGAGGAAGGAGAUGACGAGGAGGAGGAAGGAGAUGAGGAGGAGGAAGGAGACGUGGAGGAGGAAGGAGACGAGGAGGAGGAAGGAGACGUGAUUCAUCAAAGAGAGAGACGUGGCAACCACGGAUCUUCUGGGGAGCCUCAACAACAACCUCAUGCUGACAACACAGGCUGGAGUCUCCCCACAUCAAAACACCUCAAUAAACAACCGCAGAGACAUACAGGGAAGAAACCACACCACUGCUGCUCUGAGUGUGGGAAGACUUUCAGCUGUCCAGCGACACUCAAAAUGCACAGAAGAAUCCAUACGAGAGAGAAACCUUACCGCUGCUCACAGUGUGGGGAUACUUUCAGUCAAAAAAUGACUCUUAAGAUUCACCAGCAGACGCACACUGGGAAGAAACCUCACCACUGCUCUGACUGCGGAAAGAGUUUCAGUGUUUUAUCAAGCUUGAAAAUCCAUCAAAGUACCCACACCAAAAAUAAACUAUUCCAAUGCUCCAAGUGUGGGAAAGGUUUUGCAAACAACCACUAUCGAAAAAUACAUGAGAAAACAGUACAUGAGCCCCACGCAGAAAGGUCUUACCACUGCUCUGACUGCGGGAAGAGCUACAGUUUUUUAUCAACCUUCAAAAACCAUCAAAGGAUACACACAGGAGAGAAACCAUUCCAAUGCUCCAAGUGCAAGAAAAGUUUUGCUCAGAAAUCCACUCUAAAAGCCCACGAGCAAACACACAUGCCUGCUGCAGAAAGGCCUUACCAAUGCUCCUACUGCGAGAAGAAGUUUUGUAUUUCGGCGUCCUUUCAUUUCCAUAUGAGAAUGCAUACUGAAGAAAAACCAUUCCAAUGUUCCGUCUGCGGAAUGCGGUUCAUUCACGCCAGUUUACUGAAAGCACACAAGUUUAAACACAAGCCCUCUUCCGAAAGGCCCUUCCACUGCUCUAAAUGUGGAGCGUGUUUUACUACAAAAGGUAAUCUUAAAUUUCACCAGCUGACCCAUGACCGGGGAGAGAGGACUUACCGCUGCUCUGAGUGUGGGCAUUGUUUCUCUCAUCCGAUUUAUCUGAAGAAACACCAGAAAAGGCACAGCAAAGAGAAGUCCAUUGUCUGCGACCUGUGCGGGAAGACCUUCAACCAUCCAAGCAACUUCAGAACACACAUGAAGAUACACCAAGGAGUGAAACCAUACCACUGCACCGACUGUGGCAGGAGCUUCAUAUUCCGCCAAGGUUUAACAACACACCAGCGUGUGCACACCGGCGAGCUGCCUUACGUCUGUGAUCAAUGUGGAAAGAGAUUUUCUCAGUACAAUUCUUUGGUGAUUCACCAACGAACCCACACCGGGGAGAAACCUUACCCAUGCUUUGUCUGUGGGAAGAGCUUCAGUCGGUCACAAAACCUGGCUGCACAUAAGAGAACUCAUACCGGAGAGAAGCCUCACGCCUGUGAUCAGUGUGGGAAGAGGUUUUCCCGAACCGACGCACUGGCUGUACACAAGCGCACCCACACCGGAGAGAAGCCUUACAGCUGUGAUAUAUGCAGGGAGACAUUCACCUAUUUAGUAGCCAUGUUGAAACAUAAGAAAAGACAUUGACAUCCUGCAGGUGAUGUACUCUGUGCUGAAUGUCCUCAAGACAAUUCCAGCUCUGUCUAUGAAUAGAGAAGAAUUUUGUUUAACCUACAGAAGACAUCAAUUUGUUGUUUUACUUACAAUCUAACCCCAGAGAGAGAGAGAGGCACAAACACUCACACACGCAGACAAACCCAGAGGGCGGCAGGUAGCCUAGCGGUUAAGUGCGUUUGACCGGUAACAAAAAGAUCGCUGGUUUGAAUCCCUGAGUCGGCAAAGGUUAGGAAAAAAAUCUGCUGUUCUGCCCUGGAGCUAGCCAGUUAGUACCCAACAACAACUGCUCCCUGGGCACACAUGACGUGGAUUAAGGCAGCCCGCCGCGCCUCUGUGAUUCAGAGGGUUUAGAUGCGGAAGGUUGAAGGCAUUUAGUUGUGCAACUGGCUAGUUAUCCCUCAUUUCCUUUCCACCCAGAGGAAUUGGGAGCACAGAGUGGUUUUUGAGAGUGGUUACUGUGAGUUUUGAGAGUGGUUACUGUGGUUUUUGAGAGUGGUUACUGUGAGUUUUUGAGAGUGGUUACUACGGUUUUUGAGAGUGGUUACUGUGAGUUUUGAGAGUGGUUACUGUGAGUUUUGAGAGUGGUUACUGUGGUUUUUGAGAGUGGUUACUGUGGGUUUUGAGAGUGGUUACUGUGGGUUUUGAGAGUGGUUACUGUGGUUUUUGAGAGUGGUUACUGUGGGUUUUGAGAGUGGUUACUGUGAGUUUUGAGAGUGGUU